AUGGUAUCACCUAUUUUCCAAAUUCCAAUCAAUUUGAUUAUCUAUGUAAGCGGCGGACCUGUGAAUUACAGUAUCCGCGUCUCAAUACGUCGUCACGUAACCUCCGCUCAAUGCUCCCGACUUAAAGACCCAAUCUCACCCUCUUUUCUUUCUCCAUCCCCUCUAUCUUGCACCCCCUUUCUUUUUUUCUUCUCGCCUCCGCCGACCACUAUGCAUUGGCAUUCAGCCCGACGCACUACCCCUUUUAUUUUACCAGAGAUGCCGCACCAUCCGACACCUAGCUCGUUCUGGACGGCAUGGGCUGCCAUACCAGUCGCCUAG